ACGAGGUCCCGUCCAAGUUAGCAACCGCCAGACUAGGUAAGUAUAGUUCGCCUGCCCUCACCCAUCAUCCUUCGACCAACUUUCUACUCUACUCUACUCUACUCCACUCGGUCCUCUCUCUCCCUCCUCCCUCCUCCUUCUCACAGAGUCAACAGCUUUGUUACAACCAUUCCCGUAUCGUACCGCCUUGCUCAUCGUCGCAGAUCCACUGCGUCAUGAGAGGCUGAUAAACUCUUGACCCUCCUCACUCAGCUCGACAUACGAAUUGGUCUGUCCUGACUAAUUAGCUCGACGUCUCUUUAACCGGGACUGUCGCUAUCUAUCGGAGGAUACAUUAUCGUCCCUUGAGCGCCACUACUUUCGGUCCCACCGAUUGCAAAAACACCAUCGUCUCUACUCCGUACUGGACUACCUCACGACUCAUAGCAAACCCUGUUAUCCAAUUUUUACUCAUCAUAUUCGCCUCACAAUCUAGACCACCGUAUAGAGGGGGCGAUAAAUUAUCUCAUAUCAAAUCUCACUCAAAACUAUUUCAGUCACUCAAAGCAACAAGCAUCAAAGAACUCUCAAACUCUGUUAUCACAAACUAUCAAACAUGAGUUCUCCUUCCCAGGCCGGGCCCUCGUCCCGUAGAGAAGAAAAGAAAGAGAAGGGAUUCAGCAAGCUUCUUACUCGCACUAAAACUUUCCUCAAGCGAGAGGGCUCCUCAUCUGCUUCUAAGCGUCAGUCGACUCUCUCGACUACCAAGCCUGCCGCUCCAGCCAAGGCUGAGGAGACUGCCCAGACGAGUCAACCUCCUGCUCCGGAGAACAAGAAGUUGGAAGCCAAGGCUAAAUAUGAAGGCUUGGAGGGUGUCUCUAAACUCACUAGGAGCCAAUUGAUCGAAGAGCGUGCUAAGAAGCUUGGUGAGCGCUAUGGACUCGAUAUCAACGUUUCCGAACUUCAGACCAGAUCGCCCGACGACACCGUUCUCCGCAUUGACAAGCCGAUCCGUAUGCGCGUACGACGAACCUGCCACAAGUGCAACUCUACCUUUUCUUCUGCCAAGGAGUGCCCCAACUGCCAGCAUGCCCGCUGCACCAAGUGCACCCGUUACCCUCCCAAACGAAGCGAAGCCGAGAUUAUCGCCAGCCGUGAGCGACGUGCCGCUAUCAUCAAAGCCAACAAGGAGAACGCUCCCAUUAUCCCCGACUACUCUUACGCCUUUGAUGAGAAGAAGAUCGUCCUUACUCGACCCAGCAAGACAGGUGGUCAGGACCUGGUCCACAAGAAGCCUCGUCAACGCGUGCGAAGGACCUGUCAUGAAUGUUCGACUCUGUUUAUCUCUGGUAAUAAAACUUGCGAGAAGUGUGGCCACAUCCGCUGCACUGACUGUCCUCGAGAUCCCCCCAAGAAGGAAAAGUAUCCAUAUGGUUAUCCUGGAGAUGAAUUCGGCCCAAGUAGUGUGCCACACUAUGAGUGUAAGGAGUGCAAGACGAUAUUCCCAACCGGUGCUGAAAAUGGAACCAAAUGCACGAAAUGUGGUUCGGAGAAAACAGAGGACUCGCCCCGUGUCAAACCCCGCAAAGUCGAACCUGAACCAGACCCGGAGAUAUUGAAGAGGCUACAGGAGCGACUUGAGAAUCUAAAAGUGGCAUAACUUGCAUACACCAUGAGACUCUGGAGCUGGAGAAUCGGGGGCGAAGGGGGGAUGCUAUUUCAUUCAUCGUUUUACACAACCACACACGACGACGACAUUCAAGCUGCGAGAGUGACGGGCGACGGGCGGAGAACAUACCAACCAUCUCAUGUCAUGAGUCGAAAAUUCGAUGACCGUCGACCCCCAUCCGCAGUUCAUUUUCCUUCUGCUUGGCCACACGUUGCACAGUUCAUCGACCCUUUAACAUAGGUUCAAAAGAGUAUUUGACACGAAGCCUGUUUGUUUUUCACGACAUAGAGACGGCAAUUCAUAUCAGCCGGCGCAUACAACAUUACGUUCCCGAUCAUUCCAUUCAAGCGUACCUCCAUGAUUUUGCAUUACCAGCCAUCAGUCAUCUGCAGGCAUUUACAAACCCGGGAGUUAUGAUUCAGGAGAGCCAGAUGAUGUAGAGGGACAGGUUGGGAUAUACGGGUUGAUUUGUCGAGAAGUGCUGAAAAGGGGUGGUUUGUGUCUUGACAAACAAAAUUCGCAUGUACCUUGCGGGCCGUGACAAAUGAAGGAUGGAUACCACAGCGAGUGUGCCACACAUUGUCAAUGUAUUUGGCGAAAGCGAAGAAGCGGUGUUUUUUUUUUUCAUUCUCUCAGUAAACACAAUUCUGUUUGGCGAGCGAUGCCUACGCACGCUCUGCAUCAAUGAGGAAGACGUCAAUCCUUCAUACCUAACACCAAUACCGUUUAACGAACGCAAGUGAUAACCAUUCCAUGUAUGCCAUCCCCUCUCAUUCGCUCUGAUCAGGAUGUGACAUCAUAUCCAUGCCAUUAUCCUCACCUAGUUCAUCCAAGAACCCCAGCAAUGCAGGAAACACGUGAGUCUUGCCUUUACAUCGGCAUCAUACUGGUACAUAUGUGAUGUCCCUACCCCAACAGUGUCCAUGAUUCAUUCAACCCAACUAGCUCUAUGCGGGUGUUGUAAUACUUCCAGUAUACGUAAGUGGUGCUUGUGUUGGGCAAGAUGCAAGAGUUGUGCCAUGGUCUGGUGCUUUUUGUGUAGCGGUGUGUGUCGCACAGGCGCUGCAUAGUGGUGGCGCUGAUACCGUGAGGAGAUACAGGUGCAUUCGGCUCAUCGGGAGGACGUGAAAGUGAGUGUGAGGCGUAUGGGUGCUAUGGGAGAGCUAGAGACAAGGGAUGAUGGGGGGCGUUCUUCCGGGGGGCUGUCUUGGGUAGUGGUUCUAGAAUAUGUCUGAGAUGUUACUAGAAGGGCUAUGAUGGUUCAGGUACCCUUGCAUGCCUCUAUUAAAUGAUCGAAAUACUACCUAUCUAACAACUUCACGAUCACUCCGUGUUGUCCACUCCCUCGGCACAUGUGAUCCCAUGCCGGAUAUGGGCAGAGUGUCUCUAAUAUGCCUCACUCCAGAGGCUGGUCUCCUUCCUUGAUGAACGGCUCAAGACUGAUCCUAGCUGUAUGGGUCACCGAAGCACCGAGGGUGUCAAGCCGGUUGAUCUUUCGGCCAAGAUACCUACCCACACCAUCCAUUCGGUUGUUGAGAUGGGCAUGCUGUUCAUCCACUCUACGUUGAAUAAUUGAGUUUUGGAAUUCGUUCUGGUUGAGGAUGGGCAUGAGACGGUGCGUUGGGUAAAAUCGACCUCUAAUCGACUGCUCCUUGAACACGACGUUCUCCUUGAUCAGUGCGUAGCGCCAGCGCUGUGCCCCGACCGAAUGGCGCCACUGGCUCUCAUUUCGUAACGCAACGGGAAGGUGUUCAUCCCGGACAAUGUUUGGCUGGUCUUCAGAUACGAGCUGGUAGAUAUGGCCGACGAAAAAGACGGCGCCUGGGAAGUCCGAGGUGGUGAAUAUGCGCCGGAGGCCCAGGACGCACGUCUCGGCCGGGACGUUCAGCUCAGUCGGGAUUGAUCUGAGCCGUAUUGCGUCGCCAAUCUCGAUGCGCUCAGCCCCAAAGAAGCAACCCCAGUACGCAAUUCUCUUGAAGUUCGGCUCUUCGGACAUUUUGGACCACAGGGAGUACGAGUAGUCAAUCUUCACAGCUGCCAUCUUAGAAGCGUCAAGUGCAAUCAUCUCUCGACGGUUCCCGUCUGCAGUGCUCUGGAAGAGAGCCUCCCAUGAAACACCAUCGUAUUCUUUGUCCUUCAAUUCGGGGAGGUUGACAGGUGGUACGGUGAAGGCAUAAAAGGGUCGCAUUUCUCCCUCUGUUUUGUUCACAUUGUUUUGUUGGACGAUGCCAUGACCAAUGGGCAUGACCUCAUGAUGGCUGGCAGUGGAUGAAGCAAUAAUCCCAAGGCGCCAUGCAUUGCCGUUCAGAUACCAGACCAGUUCUCCUGACCUGAACAGCACAGGUGAUUUUAGUGACCACUGUAGCUGUGGGGGCUGUGCUUGAGUAGGAGGUGGAACUUGCUGUUGGAUCUGUUGCUGUGCUUGAGACUUGGGUUGUUGAAUUUGAGGUGGUUGCUGCUGCUGAAGUGGCUGUUGCUGAUUUUGGGGUUGAGAUUGAGGCUGGGGUUGGAGCGCCUGCUCCUGUGGCCGAACCGGGGGCCGGUGUUGAAUAUGCUGUUGUAUUGGGGUUGAAGCUGCAGGGGCCGGUGUCGGUACUGGUGAGUUCUGUGCUGUAGUAGCAGGGGUAGACUGUGUUGACUGUGAUCGUGAUGCAACUUGGUUCGGCUUCUGAGGUGCCUGUCCAGGCAUUGGAGGGAGUGGAACGGGCGUGACCUUGGGUGGGAUCUUAUCGAUUUUGAUAGGUUCAUGUGUGAUAAUCAACGCGUCGUCAGCACCCAUACCCCCUUUGAUUGAGUUGAACCCGUUGCAGUGCGCACAGCAACAGUCUCGGUAGUCCAUCGAUGUUGAGAGUAACCAUAUCAGAUGCACUGCAAAUUCCUGCGGGCUCUUGAAAAGCUUCACCUUGAUAGGAUACCCCGAAACCCAAAGAUGUUUGGAUUUCUCGUAUAGCCAGUAACCUCGCGGGAAGUUAACUAGCCACGGAUUCCCCUCUGCACGUCGUUAGAUAUCUGAGAGGGAUGAGGCAGAGGAGCCAACUUACCAUCGGGGUUUGGACAUAACUCUUGCUUCAGCAGGAUCCCGAGUUUGACUUUCCAC